AUGCCACGUAAGCUACGUAAGAAUAUACGUAAGAGGAAGGGAGCAUUGAAACAUCCAAUAGUAAAACUGACACCACAACAACAGUUGCAACAACAAAUGAUGAAUGACCCCACUAUGUUGCAACAAAUGUCAAGCAACCCUAUGCUUUUAAACCGAGUUAUUGGUGCACAGAGUGGAGGUUUAAGAGCGGCACUUUUAGCGAAAAUGGCAGGCUAUGGUGGAGCUGCAGACGGAACAACUUAUAACCCUCAAAGUCAAAUGAAUUUGAGUUCACUCAAAAAUCAAAUAACAGAUGUCAAAAAGUCAAACAUAGACAUACAGAAACAAAUAAGUGAAAACGAAAAGAAACUAGAAUAUGACAGACAGACAAAGAAACUAAAUGAGUUAAACACAGAGAAAAAGAAGAAAGAAGAACAACUGAAAGAACUAAGUACAGAGGAAUAUGCGAAAAAAGUGUCAGAAAAAGCAGCAGAAGUAGCAAAAAUGGAACAAGAUGUUAUAAAUUUGAAAAACCAUACUACUCAAUAUAAAGUACUGAAAGAUGAAGAGAUAAAACAAAAAGCCAUGAAGACAUAUAUGGAUAGUGAUGAGUAUAAAAAAGAAGUUGAAGCAAAUGUAAAGGCAGAAAAACUUUUACA